GGGCCGAGGGCCCGGCGUUGAGGCGCUGAGCGGCCCCGGGGCUGGGGGGCGGGGGGCGCCGGCUCGGGAGGCCAUGGCCACCCGGCGCCUAACGGACGCGUUCUUGUUGUUGCGGAACAAGGCGGUGCAGAGCCGGCAGCUGCUGGCCGAGCAAGUGAGUAGUUACGGCUCCUCCAGCCCUCUGAGUUCACGUAGCAUGGCUGCUGCGGAGUUGGAUGAGCUUGCUGAUGAUCGUAUGGCACUGGUAUCGGGAAUAAGUCUAGAUCCUGAGGCAGCAAUUGGAGUAACAAAACGCUUACCUCCCAAAUGGGUGGAUGGAGCAGACGAAAUUCAGUAUGAUAUUGCCAGGGUUAAACAGAAGAUGAAAGAAUUAGCCAGUCUUCAUGAUAAACAUCUAAACAGACCAACACUGGAUGACAGCAGUGACGAAGAACGUGCAAUAGAAAUAACGACCCAAGAGAUCACACAGUUAUUUCACAGAUGUCAGAGAGCAGUCCAGGUCUUGCAGAGCAAGUCACGUAGUUGUACAGAACAAGAAGCACGUGUUCUCAGGAAUGUAGUGUCUUCCUUAGCACAGUCACUUCAGGACCUAUCCACCAACUUCAGGCAUGCACAGUCUGACUAUCUCAAACGCAUGAAGAAUAGAGAGGAAAGAUCCAAACACUUCUUUGACACCUCAGUCCCACUGAUGGAUGAUGGGGAGGAUGAUACGCUUUAUGAUAGAGGUUUUACAGAUGACCAGCUUGCGUUGGUGGAGCAGAACACAUUACUGGUGGAAGAGCGGGAAAGAGAAAUCCGUCAGAUUGUACAGUCAAUCUCCGAUCUCAAUGAAAUAUUUAGGGACCUGGGAGCAAUGAUAGUAGAACAGGGAACGGUUCUAGAUAGAAUUGACUACAACGUUGAACAGUCAUGUAUCAAAACUGAAGAGGGUUUAAAACAGCUACAUAAGUUUCUAUUAGGAGACUUUCAUUUGGCUUUUGGAGAGUUUUCUCCACGUUUUAAUUCCCCUGGGAAAAAGAGGAAAGGGAUGAGAAAAGGUGGUUAGAAGAAAGAAGGAAUGAAGCAGAAAACUGAGAACCAAAACAAAAUGAAAGCUUUCAGUUCUAAUUGAAAUUAAAUGAAAAUGCACAGCUGAAUCAGGUACAACAAAAAUGCCUAUUAAAAAUGAAGUAUUGUUGUGAAUUUUAAUGUCCUCUAGCUAUAAUAUAGAAAUGCUCUGUUGGCAAAAUGAUUUAAAACAUCUUGCCAAUUUUUACUGUUCAGACUUUCGCAUACCCUGUUGCUUGAUUUUUGUUUCCACAGUCCUCAUAGCUAAGAGUUCUUGCAAAUAAUAUCAUUCUUCUGUAUAGCUCACAUGUCCUGUGGAGGCAUAGGACCUUCUCGAGAACUGCUGAGAAAAAUUCACAGUAAGGUUGCAUAACCAACAUGAGGAUGCAUUCUUUAUAGUCUCUUAUUUAAUAUGGAUAAAUAUGACUUCAGUGUAUGUUUAUCUUCACUGAAGUCUUUGGACUAGAGUUAUUUUGUGGGAGUUGCUUGCAAUAUACUGCAUAUGAAAAGUCAAAUUACCAAAGAAAAUGAGGUACAUGUACUUAAUUAUAUUAAACAAGAGUCCAUACUUAGAGCUUUGCAGAAAUCUAAGUAUUAACUCUUUCUUUUCUGUUUCUAUAGGCAGAGCAAUAUCAAAAGAAGAAUCGGAAGAUGCUUGUUAUUUUAAUUUUGUUUGUUAUAGUAAUUGUCCUUAUUGUUGUUCUUAUUGGUGUAAAGUCACACUAGGUUUCACUUAAUUUUCUUAUUUUUGGAGUUUAUGUGAACUUUUUUCCCCAAUGUGAAUGGAUGGAUCUGCACUCCAGAAGGCUGCCUUGGAAUGUAUAAGCCCUUGUGGUACAGAGUCUGUGCAAUGUUUCUGUAGAAUUCUUCAAAGUACAAGUUUGGCAACUGGUGAAGUGUUUGUUCAAAAAAAAAAAAAAAAAUCCGGAAAUUUGAUGCUUCCAAAUGGAUAAUUUGGUUCUUUGUCCAGGGGUACUUGGAAACACGUUACUUAAAUAAUUACAAAAUUGAAGUUUACCAGUGAGUACAGUAAUUUCUUUGUUACUGUGAACAAUAAUGCAUUGUCUUCUGUAUUACGUCGCAAUUGUUAUAGGCUUCAAAUUUAAACUGUGUUACUGAGUCAUGGGACUAGAUAACAGAAAUUGAUCUAGAUGUAAAAUAUGUUGAGACACAAGAAUGUUUGACUUAAUUUCUUUUCUUCCAGACUCAAACUCCAAGGAAUUAGGUGAAAAAGAAGGCUUUUAAAAACCAGAACCUAAUCCAAUCCCUCUGAUCUUAAUUUAGAUAUUGCAUCAUCACUAAGAAUCAGAAAGCUAUAUAAUCUUGUAAAUAAUAAGAUUUAAUCACUGGCAUAAUUUCACACAGUUAAAUUUUUUUUCUGAGCUUGAGUAAUCAUGGGAAUGUUUUCCCUCACUAGAAUGAUCAUAUAUAUACAUGUACAUUUUUUUUUAAAUACAGCCAUUACAUUAAAGAUGUGAUGAAGUUAAAACUAAAAAGUAGAGAUUCUCCAUUUGGCUUUCUACACAAUCUGGCCUGCUAUAGUGGUCUUGGAUGUUUCAUACUUUAGUUGUUGUGUAAGAUGUUUAUUUUACAGUGCAUCUGUCCAAAUGUUAGUUUUUUAUAUAAAAGUAUUUUCACUACAGUAUACAUUACAUCCAUUUUCCCCUGACAGAAGAUUAUUUUUUUCUAAUGCCUGCCUAGAAAAGGACGUGUUUAUGGUCUUUUAUUGACCAUGAUAGAUGUCAUACAAGUGACAUGUACUAGGCCUUCAGUAGAGAAUUUUCUUUUUUUCCACUCUUUUUUUGCAGUGGAAAACUUUUGCUGUAGGCCAUAAAAGAGAAAUUAGAGAAACAUCUAAGUAAUAGAGUAUUCAUGUUUUAAUUCAGGCCUGAAGUGGUGUGCAAUUGUAGAGGCCUUGCCUUAAUAUUUUUAAUAUGGCUUUUCUGUAUGUACUUUUCCCCAAAGGGACUGUAACUUAUAUUUCCUUCAUUUCUGACUGAUGCCGUGCUCCCCAUAAAGCUGCAUAGAUGUUGUGCUCAAAUCCCCUGAAGUGCAGUUUAAUAAUAUUAUGAUUUUCAUGUUGCACAUGUGAAACAGGAUUCCUCUACCUGCACUGAACUUGUCUUUACUAUGUACUAAGGAGGACCUAAGAUGUGGGUUUACACUGACUCGGUGCAGGAAUGACCCUGAGAGAAAAGCCUACAAAGAAAUGAAAGCUGUGGCUUUUGGGCUUAUUGUGAAAAGCUUUGUACCACUCCUGUUACCUCUAGACAAAGGGGAUGUUGAACUUCCAAAACCGCCAGUUCAAGCCCUUGAUUAAAUUCAUAAAAUAAAUCAGUAAAAGAAAGAAUGAUGCUUUUAGGUGGGUGUGCAGUUCCCCUGUUCUGGUAAUAGGUCUUUUCAAUGAUCGUGAGUAAAACUACUGUCUCCCUAGUGUGCUGUCUACAUCAGUUGUGUGAAGCAGCAUAUUGCUAUAAUUUAAUAUACUGUAUUUGCAACUUUCUAACAUGAGAUCGUGUUAUUUAUUUCUGUCUUGACUGGUGCUUUUGACAUUUUAUCAUGGCUAAUGAAUUCAAAGAAGUAAUAAAACACUUCCAACCUUAUUGGUCAAUUACUCAUUUUUUUAAAAAAAAGUAUAAACUGAAGCAAAUAUUUGUGAUGUUAAUGUCUCAUUUUUUGAAAUUAAAUAAAAGCAGCAGUGACA